AUGGUUGGCGCGUCGCGCGUCAAGCUGUGUAAGUGGUUGUGGCUUGCCCCGCAGCGCACAAGCCACAUUGAAUUCCCGCCAAGACUUGUUGACAUGAUAUUUGCCUCAGGCAUCAAUCCACUGCUGGAGCUUCAACGGCCUGGGUCCAGCAAGCUUCAAGGAACGAGCCAAUCCAGACGACCUCAAUUCGCUUGCCUGCGCCCGCCCUGCUCGACGACGACGACGACGGAAAUCGCCGGCCAGGCCCAGUCAGUCAAAAUGUCGACCACUCCCGGAAACACGUAUACCAUCAGCAAGCAGAUCAAGACUGAGUACCCACUCAUCGAUAAUGAUCCGCACUUCAAGCGUGUAAUUCGGUACGCCCGGCCGUCCGAUUACGUCCACGGCAUCGUCGCUGCCGCCGCCGGCCCCAGUCUUCUCUACGCCAUGGAGAGAUUUGCUCCCUCAUAUGUCGGAAAGGGUGGUGUCGCCCAGACCAUGCGGUUGGGUGGUGCCAUGGGGUUGUGUGGUGGUUUCAUCUACUUCUACCAGCGGUCUAUUCUGCGCUUCUACGGUAUGAGCGAAAACGCCCGGGAAGUCCAGAUGGACAUGCGCGAGAUGGUCGACAAGGUCAAGCGCGGCGAGCCUAUCUACGGCGAAAGUCAGCUUACUCCCGCCAUGCAGGGUGUUGCCGCCCGCCAGUCUAGAUAUUCCGCUCUCUUCAUGGCUGUGCUCCCCUGGUUCAACUUUGUCAACCACAGCCAGCACGGUGUUGACACCGCCAAGUAUUACAGACAAGCCGAGAGGGAGCUGGAGGCUGAGCGUCUUGCGCGGGAGGGUGGGAACCCUAGCCAGUAA